AUGAGCCAGCAGUUGAUCAAGGAGGCGCCUCAUGUCUCCGGGCAAUCCAACACGCCCAUGACGGCGCCCGCCCACACCCUCACCUUCGAACAGGUCGCCGAGCAGCUUCAGGGUCAUACCGUCGACGGCUUGAGGACGGCCGAAGCCGAGAGGCGUCUUAAGGAGUGCGGCCGCAACGAGUUCGGCGAGCAGCAGGGUGUCCAGCCCAUCAAGAUCCUCAUCGGCCAGAUUGCCAAUGCCUUAACUCUAGUGCUCAUCCUCGCCAUGGCGGCUUCCUUUGGAAUCCAGUCUUGGAUUGAAGGCGGCGUCGUUGCUGCAGUCAUCAUGCUCAACAUCGUCGUGGGCUUCUUCCAGGAGUUCCAAGCUGCCAAGACCAUGGACUCCCUCCGCUCGCUAAGCUCCCCCACAGCUCAUGCCGUGCGCGACGGGAAUAAUCAGGUUAUCGUGACUGCUGAGAUUGUUCCUGGUGACUUGGUCGAGCUCAAGACGGGCGAUACCGUCCCUGCGGAUAUCCGCCUUAUUGAAGCUGUCAACUUCGAGACCAACGAAGCUCUCCUCACUGGAGAGUCUCUCCCUGUCCGAAAGGAGACGGCGUCCAUCUUUCCCGAUGAUACCGGCCCUGGUGACCGCCUCAACGUCGCCUACAGCUCGUCGACUGUCACCAAGGGUCGUGCUCGUGGUAUCGUCUUCGCUACUGGUAUCUACACUGAAAUCGGCCAGAUCGCUGUUGCUCUCCGUGGCAAGUCCUCUCAUCGUCGUGAGCCCAAGCGCCGCGAAGAUGGAACUGCCUCGACUGGUCGCUGGGCGCAGGCUUGGACCUUGACCUUUUCUGAUGCUGUUGGCCGUUUCCUCGGCGUCAACGUUGGAACCCCCCUCCAGCGCAAACUGUCGAAGCUGGCCCUUCUUCUUUUGGGAACUGCUAUUGUCUGUGCCAUUCUUGUCCUCGGUGCCAACGAGUUCAACACUAAGCAGGAGGUCAUCAUCUACGCUGUAGCCACUGGCUUGUCCAUGAUCCCGGCUUCUCUGAUUGUCGUUCUUACUAUUACCAUGGCCGCUGGCACGAAACGCAUGGUCCAGAGGAACGUCAUUGUCCGCAACCUCAAGAGUCUCGAGGCCCUUGGUGGAGUCACUAACAUCUGCUCGGACAAGACCGGUACCCUUACCCAGGGCACCAUGAUCGUCAAGAAGGCAUGGAUUCCUGGCCGUGGCACAUAUUCAGUCGGCGCUACUAGUGAGCCAUUCAACCCGACCCAGGGGCAACUCGGCCUCCAGGGUGCUCAGCCUAAGGACAUCGACUUCCAGCAUAGUGGCGCCGAAGGCACCCCCAUCAACCCUGAGGAGGUCGUCGCCAGGGAUCCCACACUCCAGGAAUACUUGAAUGUUGCUUCUCUGGCUAACCUCGCCACUGUCCAUCAGGUUGAAGGCGAAUGGCAAGGCCGUGGUGACCCGACUGAGAUUGCCAUUCAGGUCUUUGCCUCGCGAUUUAACUGGAACCGUCUCCGCCUCGCUAUUGGAGAGACGCCUCAAUGGCACGAGGUUGCCGAGUUUCCGUUCGACUCUGACGUGAAGAAGAUGUCUGUCAUUUUCGAAAAUAACCAGUCGCAGAAGCAAUGGGUUUUCACCAAGGGCGCUGUUGAGCGAGUUAUUUCCUCUUGCCUCCGCUAUGCUGUCAGUGAUGAGAUCAAGCAGCUCACUCCCGAUGUUGAGCAAGAUAUUCUCAGAAACAUGGAAGCUUUUGCCCGACUUGGACUCCGAGUUCUCGCCCUCGCCAGCCGAACUGAUAUUCGCCACGUUGUCGACAACGAAGCUGAACUGGACCGAGGCCUUUUCGAGACUGACCUUGUCUUCCGUGGUCUUAUCGGUCUGUACGAUCCCCCUCGCCCCGAGUCUGCGCCUUCUGUCCGCCAGUGCCAUGAGGCCGGCGUCAGCGUUCACAUGCUCACUGGUGACCACCCUGAGACUGCCCGUGCUAUCGCUCUUGAGGUGGGCAUCCUGCCUACUAAGAUGUCCCAGAUCCCUGCCGAUGUUGCCAACACAAUUGUAAUGGCUGCCUCGGACUUUGACAAGCUCUCAGAUGAUGAAAUCGAUCAGCUCCCUCUGCUUCCCCUCGUCGUGGCCCGGUGUGCUCCCCAGACCAAGGUCCGCAUGAUCAACGCCCUCCAUCGCCGCAAGUGCUUCGUUGCCAUGACUGGUGACGGCGUCAAUGACUCCCCCAGCUUGAAGCAGUCUGAUGUUGGUAUUGCUAUGGGUCUCGCCGGUUCUGAUGUCGCUAAGGAGGCUUCUGAUAUUGUCCUGACAGACGAUAACUUUGCAUCUAUCCUCAACGCCGUUGAGGAGGGCCGACGUAUGUUUGAUAACAUCCAGAAGUUCAUCCUCCACGUCUUGGCCGAGAACAUUGCUCAGGCUUGCACCUUGCUCAUUGGCCUUGCCUUUAAGGAUAAGAAUGGAUUAUCUAUAUUCCCUCUUGCUCCCGUUGAGAUUCUCUGGAUAAUUAUGAUUACCUCGGGUAUGCCUGAUAUGGGACUGGGCUUUGAGAUUGCCGCGCCCGAUAUUAUGCAGCGACCUCCCCAAAACUUGAAACAAGGUGUCUUCACUCCGGAGCUGCUUAUCGAUAUGGUUGUUUAUGGCCUCUGGAUGUCUGCUCUUUGUCUGGCUUCGUUCGUCCUUGUCCUUUAUGGAUUUGGCAACGGUAAGGCUGAUAUUGGUGAGAACUGCAACAACGAGUAUAGCGAGGAUUGCAAGGUCAUCUUCCGUGCUCGCGCGACGACGUUUGCUUGCCUGACCUGGUUUGCGCUCUUCCUAGCUUGGGAAAUGGGCAACCAGUUCCUCUUCUGGGCCAUCGUGGCAGGCUUUAUUACUAUGUUCCCGUUGAUCUACAUCCCUACCCUGAACACUGUCGUCUUCAAGCACGCUCCUAUAUCUUGGGAGUGGGGUAUUGUCUUUGUUGAGGCUAUCAUCUUCUUCCUGGGCAUCGAGACCUGGAAGUGGAUGAAGCGCUUCUACUUCCGUCGCCAGGCUCGCAAGGCGACUGGUGGCGUGGUCGACCUUGAGACACGCGUCUUUGGACACUACUACGAAAUGUCCAGCGCCAGCCAGGACGAGGAGGUUGGCCAGGAAAAGAGAGCCUCUUGA